AUGUCACCUUGCCUUGUGUUGCAAAGAGGCAACUUCAGGGUUUGGAGGGAAGGUGAGAAGAAUGACUGGGCUGUCUCUCCUCCUCCUGCUGCUGCUCUUCUGGCUCCUGCCUCCAACUAUUGCUAUGAUGAUGCAAACUGGGUGUGUGUUGACAAACACUUUACAGAAAUCAUACCCAAGAACUACCAGCAAUUCAUGGCCUUGGUGUUUGCAGUCACAGAGAUCAACAAGGAUCGGGAUCUCCUCCCCAACAUCACCCUUGGCUUCCACAUCUAUAGCAAUUUUCAGGCUGAGAUGGAGAUUUCCAUGAUCAGCCUCUCCCUGCUCUCCACCCGAGGCCGAAUGAUUCUUUCCCAUCUGAGGAACAUCAAGUUCAACAACAGUGCUGGAGAGGAAGUCUCCUUCUCAGAAAGUGGAUUGGUUUCUACUCGUUAUGAUCUCCUCAACUGGCUUUUCCUCCCCAAUCAAUCUUUUGUCCCCAUGAAAGUUGGGCAAAUAGAUUCCACAGCUUCCCCAGGACAAGAUUUCACCAUUAACUCUGAUGAAAUCAUCUGGGUGACAAAGAAGGUGCCCUUUGCCAGGUGUGGCAGGAAAAGGUGCCAUGCAGGAGAGAAAAGAAGCGUUCCAGAGGGCAAGCAGGUGUGCUGUUACCAAUGUGCCCCUUGUCCAGAAGGGACCAUUUCUAAUGAGACAGAUGCAGCUCGCUGUGACCCCUGCCCAGAAAACCAAUAUCCAAACAAGGAGAAGGACCACUGCAUUGCCAAGAAGAUCCAUUUCCUUUCCUAUCAAGACACCCUGGGAUACUCUUUAGCAUCUCUCACUCUUUUCCUCUCUGUGACCACAUCGGCAGUUCUGGUGAUUUUCCAUAAAAAUCACAACACACCAAUUGUCAAGGCCAACAACAGAAAUCUCACCUACAUCCUCCUGGUCUCCCUCCUGCUCUGCUUCCUCUGCUCCUUCCUCUUCAUUGGUCGACCUGGGAAGCUCACCUGUCUCUUCCGACAAACUGCCUUUGCCAUUCUCUUUUCCCUUGCGGUUUCCUCCAUCUUGGCAAAAACUGUCAUGGUGGUUCUGGCCUUCAUGGCCACCAAGCCAGGGAACAAGACAAGGAAACUCUUAGGAAAACCUCUGACGAACUCCAUUGUCUUAGCCUGUCCCCUGAUACAAGCAGUUCUUUGUGCCACCUGGCUGGCAACCUCUCCUCCAUUUCCCAACUUUGACUUCCACUCUUUAGUAGGAGAGGCCAUCUUGGAAUGUAAUGAAGGCUCUGCUUUAAUGUUUUACGCUGUCCUCUCCUACAUGGGUUUUUUGGCUGUCAUCAGUUUCACGGUGGCCUUUUUGGCUAGGAAAUUGCCUGACAGCUUUAAUGAAGCCAAAUUCAUUACAUUCAGCAUGCUGGUCUUUUGCAGUGUUUGGAUCAGCUUCCUCCCCACCUACCUGAGCACCAAAGGGAAGUCCAUGGUGGCCGUGGAGAUCUUCUCCAUCUUGGCCUCUGGGUCUGGUCUCUUGGCUUGUAUCUUUUUCCCCAAAUGCUACAUUAUCCUAUUUAAACCCAAUCUCAAUUGCAGAGAGAAUAUAAUGAGGCACAAGAAUCUCUGAUUAUAAUCUCUGAUUAUAAAUAUGAAACAUAUUUAUAUUGAUACCCAAUUUACACACAGGUGACACUAGCUGGAUUACAACAUUAAAAAUCACAACAUAAAAACCCAUUAAAUGCCUCAUUCCACAUCCACUUAUGCAGGGAUUGGGAAUAUUCAUUUUGAUCUUGGUUAUUUUUCAAUUUGAUCUCAUUUCUUUUAAAAGUGGAAAUCAGAGGCGGGCUUGUCCCUUAAACAAUUGGAAAUCAAGUGAUGCGAGUAAUCGCAGAAGGUCUGUUAAUCUGCAACAAUCACCCACUUUUUUCAUUAAUGCUAGUUGUCCCAAAGAUCAACGAUAAUAAACAUUGAUAUUGUUUAUCUGGCUAUUAGUUUCCAAAAUGAUAAUUUCCCAUUUUAUUAAUUUUAAUCAAAAGCAUAUUUAAGAAUAUGUUGGGUUUGUUUCACUCUCAGUGUUUUUAACCUUGUUCCUUUCCACUGAUUCCUUUGCUGAAUUUCCUACUGAAAUUUUCUUUCAAUUGACUAUUAGAGAUUUUUUUUAAUUCUAGCAUUGAAAUGAACCAUAUUGUUUUAUUCUCUAUUAUGUUAAUUGAAAAACAUACUUUAUUAAUAAAUAAUAUCAUGUGAAAUUGA